GCUCUCUGCCCCUCUCCCCGUACAGGCUCUAUAUAUAUCGGUUUGCCACUCGGCAUAAACGCCUCGCUUCUCCUUGUCUUCCGUCUCCAUCUCACUGCAAAGAGCGCACAAGGUUCUUCCUCAACAACCCAACGCCUCCCUCUUUUCAUGCCGAUGGGAGGGAGAUAGGAAGAGGACGAGGACGAGAGCAAGAGAUGGCAGGCUGCGGUGGAGCUAAGUCAUCGGCCUCUAUGGAGGAAGAGGCAUGCAUUGAGAAGAAGUAUGUAGGAAUUGCACCCAAGAAGCCUUUGAUAUCCAAGGAUCACGAGCGCGCCUACUUCGAUUCUGCAGAUUGGGUGCUCGGCAAGCAAUCUGCAAACAGCAGCACAAGUGCUGCCGUUGAGUCUCUGAAGCCCAAGCUAAAGAGAACGCCUCACCACCAGCUCCCCCCUCGUAAGCCGACCUGCGCUUCAAGCUGAGACGCACGGCCUCACGUUGCAGCAGCUGGAGAGCUCGGAGGCAAGAUGGAAAGAUCUCGAGCACGGAUUAAUGUUUAGCUGGUCCUAUAUGGUAGGAAUAAAUCAGAAACUCAAAAAAUGCAAUUUGGCUUCUUGGCAGUUGUAACCUCGGCGCUAAUUAUCAGUAUCAUGCUUAAGUUAGAUGGCA